AUGUUUCCCGGCAACGACUAUACUGCGUCGUCAUUGAUGACAGAUUUUCUUCGAGAUUCCGGUGGUGUUGCCGUGAUAGACGGUGGCCUGGCGACGGAACUCGAACGCCACGGUGCUGACCUCAACGACCCUCUCUGGAGUGCCAAAUGCCUCCUCACUUCUCCUCAUCUCAUUCGUACGUUUCUUGUCUCAGACUUUGUAGUGUUGAUAAACUUCGGCCACCACGNCUUCUUGGGGGUGUUCUGCAAAGAAGCAUUCAUUAGUCUGUUGGAUAGCUAA